AUGCAACCUCUCAGAUCGCCUGGUCACCGUCCCCCACAUGGUCACCAGUCGCAAAAAUUGGUGGAUGAACUUGCGGAUAGGGUAGAUGCUCUUGAGAAGUCGUCUCUCAACCCGUCUCGUUUGUCGCGCGGCGAUUCUACGGAGCAGGUUGUUGGUCUAACACCCAUCACCGAGGACGCACGAUCGGAAGUCGAACGACAGGAGGAUCAAGGACGCAGUUCACAUACCCUCAAGGAACUGCGAAAGCAGAUGGAAGAUCUCCUUGUAUAUCAACAGAUGCAGCAAACCCAACCAGUCUCAUCUCAGAAUCAGCCCGCCUCCGCCCCCUCGAAUGAUACCCCAAGAAAGAGACGUUUGUCAAGUGCAUUGUCUAAUACCUCAACGGAAGCCCCAUUCACCAGCUCACAUACCUCCGCAGGCUCGGUAAGUUCCGCAGGGACAAUCAGAGGUGUCCAGAUAGAGACACCCUCCGAUCGCAAACCAGCAUACACGCCGUCCUAUCCCUUUCCACACAUACAGACCAAACCAUCCAAAAUGGGAAUCGAAUCGAUAGGACGUGGACCAUUCAGACUGAAGCUUCCAUCGGAGAAACUCCAUUCUUCGACACCAGGGUACCAAACUCUACCUUCAGAACCAAAAGCGUCGGAACCGCAUCCGACCUUUCUGCCCGCUCAUCAUAGCCAGACGCAGGAAGAUCCGAAUUUUGCCAGUCCCGAUCUUUAUGACCUGACACUUCAGUUGAAUGCGGAUUCGGGACUCGAAUUGUGGUGGACCAACCUCAUUAAUAUAUUGCAAACACAUUACGGGGCUGAGCGUGUGUCGCUGGCUGUCCCUGGAGAUGUGACCGAUUUGGAGAACGUACCUUGGGGCCAAAAGGCGAUAUUUAACCAGAACGUGGAUACCUCGUUGCAUGAACUUCAAGCACGUCAUAUAGAGAAGAGACCAUCAACUGAGGCACCCCACUCGCGCAAAAGCGUCUCGCAACAGAAACCCGAGACCGUCCACCAGGCUAGAAUGCCUGGACCUUCUCGACCAUCUUUAUUAUCCCGCCACUCAUUCGCUGGGUUUGAUAAAGGCCAAGGCCACACCCCUCACGCUACCAGCCGACCACAACUUUCGAAGAUAAAUGUCAAGCCCGAGAAAAGGCACGUACAUAUCGCUUCUCAAGACUCGCCAUCCACGGAUGAUUGGACGGAGAACUCCGAAGCCAAAGACGAAUCACUCAAUAGUCUCCUCGGCAAUAUGCGGCAGGCUGUGUUCCCCAUUCCUAGACCAUUGGAGGUAGAACUAGAUCCUCUCAUCAAGCGUACAGGCGUGGUCAAGUUAUUUGGGCGUACCCGUCCCACUAUCUUAACACGUGAGUAUGCAGAGAGCGCGCAAUAUCCGCAGCGUUGGACUGAGUCCGCCAACAGUCCAAAUGAGAUGGUCCAAGUUACUCCUGACGUUGAUGGUCCGGUUGGCUGUGGAAUGGGGAAUGUACCGAUGCAGCAAGGCUUCGGUGCCCAUGGCUUGAAGCAAUAUGAUGAAUAUGAGCAGGUUCCGCAGUCUCCGUGGUCUCAGUCCCCUGCUCCAUCGCCUGCUCCCCGCACGCACGCAGAGCAGAAUCCGUUCUUCACAAGCCAUGCCGUCGAUGAAGGAGCUUUCUCCAAGCAUCCGCCUUCGCACGACUACUCUAAUAAUCUUCCACUUGAGGCUAUUGGCAUCGAUCAGUCGAAGACCGUUAUCCAUAUUCCUCUAUUACAUGGUGGUCACUCUCACCGGGAGUCCUCAUCGACGGUGAGAUUUCCCGUUGCCAUUGUGUCAAUGUUGUGCACAAUCGUUCCAUAUCCUCCUAACCUCAGACAAUCACUCUCGCUUCUGAUGCCGCAUUUGACAAAUUCUUUCUGCUUGGCUCAGCGAUAUAGCCAGCUUGAAAAACAACUCUCAUCCAAGAUGGAAACACCUCGCUAUGGUCAACUUUUAGGCCUCGGCGGCACUUUCUCCGAUGCAAGCAGUGAGCUUGAGCUUGUUGCGGGACUAAGCGGUCACGUCAGCUACUCCGUUGGCGACAACAACAACCCAAUGUCCGCGUCCGCAAGUACCAAUAGCCCUAGUGAUCGUUCGUCUGUUAAGUUCAGUCCUACUAUUUCUGCCAUUGGGACACCGGGAUUUGAUCUUGGCAAUAUUGGAUUCGGGUCCGCAAAUCCGUCCCCAGGAGUGGCUUCACGACAGGGCGGAGAAGGUGCUGACAGCUACUUCAAUGUCCCGCAAAACAAAAGUGUCCGUGACAGUGCAUUGCAGAGUAGACCACGGCUUUUCAGAUCUAAGACCACCAAUAUCGACUCAAGGACAACAAUUUCUCCCGAAAAAGUGGCCUGGAAAUCAAUCCCCAGCGAUGAGACCAACCUACAAGACCAAUCGUUCUACGUCGCAUCACCACUGCAAGAGAUCAGACCGCCCAAUGUUCUUUCACCUACUCAGCAAUCAUCACGUCAUGCCUCUACGAACUCGUUGUACGCCCAACUACAACGGGAGCUCCCGCGCCCGUUCUCUGACACGAUAGCACAGCUGAUGCUUAAUUCGAUCCCUUUGCAUUUAUUCCUGGCAAAACCCGAGAGUGGCGAAGUGAUUUGGACAAAUUCCAAGUUUGAUGCUUACAGACGAAGUCAGCACCAGGAGCAAAAAUUUAGAGAUCCUUGGCAAAAUAUUCAUAGUAGCGAGAGUGAGCAUGUUCAUACCAAAUGGGCCAAUGCUCUGCGCACGGGGGCACAGUUCACUGAAAGAGUGAGGGUCCGAAGGUUCAACGAUGAAUCAGCAUAUCGCUGGUUCAUAUUCCGGGCCAAUCCGCUGCUAUCGUCAACAGGAGAGGUACUUUACUGGAUUGGGUCUUUUCUCGACAUUCAUGAGCAGCAUAUUGCUGAGCUUGAGGCAACUCAAGAGAGGGAAAAGUUUGCGAUUGAUGCAAAGUAUCGUGCAUUUUCCAAUUCGAUCCCACAGAUUGUGUUUGAGGCAACGGAGAACCGCGGAUUGAUAUUUGUCAACGAGCAGUGGAAUCUGUACACCGGCCAACCGCUCGAGGAAGCGCAUGACCUCGGCUUCGCUAAACAUGUUCAUCCUGACGAUCUCGAAAAGUGUGGUGAACUGUCGCUCAACAAAACAUCUCAGAACGCGGAACGAAGUGAUGGCGGGCCUUAUGAGUUCAUGGUCGGAACAGCUCUUGACGAGCUUGUCAGGCGCGGCAUUGCUUCUUUGCAGCAAGAUGAGAAUGGCCGAGUCUUCUAUUCUACCGAGAUCCGCCUUCGUUCUCGAGGUGGUGAUUUUAGGUGGCAUCUGGUUCGCGUAGUACGCGUGAAGACUAGCAGUUUCGGGAGCGAGGAAGCCUCCUGGUACGGAACAUGUACCGACAUCAACGACCGCAAAAACCUCGAAAGAGAACUCAACAAGGCCAUGCAACAGUUGAAUCACCAAAUGGAGUCCAAGACAAAGUUUUUCAGCAACAUGUCCCACGAAAUCCGAACCCCGCUGAAUGGCAUUCUUGGUACAAUUCCGUUCAUACUCGAUACGCAGCUUGACAGUGACCAGAGGCGAAUGCUUGAUACCAUUCAAAACAGCUCCACUAACCUUCGUGAGUUAGUUGACAACAUCCUUGAUGUUUCCCGUGUCGAAGCUGGCAAGAUGACAAUGGUCAAAUCUUGGUUCCAUAUCCGAUCAAUGAUCGAGGAUGUAAUCGACACUAUCGCCUCCCGAGCGGUCGAUAAGGGUCUCGAGAUCAACUAUCUCAUAGGCAAAGACUUGCCAUCAAUGGUGAUUGGAGAUCGGUUCCGAAUUCGUCAAGUCCUGAUCAAUCUUCUCGGAAAUGCAGUCAAAUUCACUGCGCAUGGUGAAAUUCACAUCUGCUGUGACAUGUAUCGGGAUCCAGCUGCGAAUCCCAAUGACACCCAGGCAUACAUGAACUUUGAGGUCGUGGACACCGGAAAGGGGUUCAGCUCUCAAGAUGCGGAACGACUUAUGCAACGAUUCAGUCAGCUUGGAGAAAAUGGGACACAGCAACAUGCUGGUAGCGGCCUCGGGCUUUUCCUGUCGAAGCAACUCGUCGAAAUGCAUGGCGGAAAGCUCACUCCCAGCAGCAAAGAGGGCCAGGGAGCAAAGUUCUCUUUUAACGUCAAGGUCGAUGCGCCUCCGCCACCUUCCCCCUCUGAGCAGCCCAAAUUGAUGCGCCAGGGUUCAGGCGCUUCAAGAAGACCGGCAAAGUCUAGAACGACCUCUUAUCCACAAGCACCUCCUCUAGCCGCCCGAAACUCCGACUCAUCCAGCAAAAGCUCUGAUACUACACUUUCUGCCUCGUUAUCAGUUACAUCCUCUGCCCUCCCGACUCCAGAUAUUGGCCCUGCACCCCUGUCUUCUCCAUUAGAGCAGACAACAGAUUUGACGAAUCUGGCAGACGCAGUCUCGAGCUCAAGGACCCAACCUGCCGUUACAAAGCCCGACGAACCAGUCAGCGUAGCGUCACCUGAAUCUGCCUCUCCAGAUACACCAGUAGGCCCGGUAUCUGCGCCUGUCCACGGACCUUUCUCGAUCGUAAUUCUGUGUCCGCUCAAAAACUCCCGGCAUGCCAUAAAGCAGCACAUCGAGCAGAUUGUCCCUCAUGAGAUUCCGUUCGAGGUCACGGCAUUACAUGAUGUUGACGAAUGGAAAGAUGUGAUGCAGUCCACUUCCGAUGCCCAUCCUUGUACACAUCUUGUCUUGAAUCUGUCAACUGAUGAUAUCUUGGAGGUUAUUCAAAACAUGUCAGACCCGGGCUUAAAUCCCGCGCCCGUCAUCGUCAUCAUUUCAGACCUUUACCAAAAGCGUCAAAUUAGUUCACAGGUCAAGGAGCUAGCAGCUUCAGGAAAGCAGGUUUUCAUUGUGCCGAAGCCUAUCAAACCUUCUGCUUUCUCAACGAUCUUUGAUCCCAAGAGCAAGCGUGAGCUGAGCAAGGAUCGCAACCAAGACAUGGCGCGCGAGAUCAAUAACAACUUCAAGACCGUUUCUAAGAUGGUCAAAGAAGUUUUAGGCAACAAGGGUUAUCGAAUCCUGCUGGUCGAAGACGACGAAACCAAUCGCGACGUUAUGCUGAAGUAUUUGGACAAGAUCAAGCUGAUGUCGGAGACUGCAUCCAAUGGACUGGAGUGCACUAACAUGGUGCUUUCUAAAGAGCCGGGAUACUAUUCUCUUAUCAUCUGCGAUAUUCAGAUGCCUAUCAAGAAUGGCUACGAUACCUGUAGAGAGAUCCGUGAAUGGGAGCAAAAGAACCAUUAUCCACAGAUUCCAAUCAUGGCUCUCUCGGCAAACGCAAUGACAGAUCAAAUUGAAAACGCUGCCCGCGCAGGUUUCAAUGACUACGUGACCAAGCCCAUCAAACACAACGAAUUAGGCAAGAUGAUGAUGGGUCUUCUCGAGCCCGGUCGCCCACUGAUGCUUCUGCGAGACCGUCUUAGCCCAGAACAACAACAAGCCAUCGCCACUCGCCGCUAG